AUGCUGAUGCUCGUUUUCGCCUCGUCAUUAUACGUGAUCUUUAUCGUCACCAGGGCCGUGCAAACAUAUCGGACGCAAGUGCCUGGACCCUGGUACAACCACUUCACCACCAUCGUCCUCAAGUACCAUGAAUUCACAAAAAAUCGUCGGGUGUGGAUUCACGAGCUGCACCGGCAAUAUGGACCGGUGGUCCGCCUGUCUCCCAACGAAGUUUCCUUUGCCAACUUGGAGGGCGUGAAAGAAAUCUACCAGAGUGGUGGUAGCGGAUACGACAAGACCGAGUUCUACGAUUUGUUCAAGCAAUACAACCAUCGGACGAUGUUCUCGACCCUGAAUCGACAUGAACAUUCCCAGCGGAAGAAACUCUUCGCCGAGAAAUAUGCGAUGACGAAUGUCAUCAAUUCUCAGAUUGUGGAAGGUUUUCAACAACGCACGGCCAGUGUCAUGAAGAAGUGUGAAGCGUCUUUGGGCAAUGCCCUGGAUGUCUAUGUUUUACUACACUGUUAUGCGCUAGAUUGCGCGUCUCAUUUUCUCCUGAACCCUGGUGGCACUGACACCCUGAACGACCCGGAAGAUUUCAAAUUGAUGCAGGAGCUCUCGUAUCAUGACAGUCUUAAACGUGAAUGGAUACAAUAUUACUGGCCUCUUCUGGACAAGGUCAACACAUUCUUCAGCCCAAAAGCCAUCCCCCUAUCCAAAGAUUAUGUACUUGACCACGCCGAAAACACCAAACCUGAGCAUUCAUCUCUUCUACACAAGCUUCGAUCCAAAUCAUCGCAGCUAAGCGUCGUCCAGAUAGCAGCAGAAUGCAUGGACCACAUGGCCGCCGGCAUCGACACCACAGGAGAUGGACUCUGCUUUCUCAUGCACGAGCUGUCCUUACCUCGCUCUCGGGUAUUCCAGAAUCGGCUGCAUGAGGAAAUUGUCCAGAAUCCGGACCUCAAGCUCAACGAUUUGCCCUACCUGGAUGCUGUAAUUACGGAGGCCUUGAGGCUAUUCCCACCCAUCCCCAUGAGUCUACCACGAUACGUGCCUCGAGAAGGCAGCAUCAUCAGUGGCUACGAGCUACCCGGAGGGUCCAUUGUCAGCUGCCAGGCUUACUCGUUGCACCUCCUAGACGAAAACGUGUUUCCCAACGCUGAAAAAUUCCUACCAGAACGCUGGUUGGAGAAAGAAGGCGAGGUGGAGCGAAACCGCCUCUUUUUUGCUUUUGCUUCGGGUGGUAGAGGGUGCAUCGGGAAGAACUUAGCACAGGUCGAGAUGAAGACGUUGCUUCGUGGUGUAUAUGGACGAUAUGCCACCACCGUGGCACCGGAGAUGAAAGCCGAUAUGUCGAUCGAUGAUCAGAUCAUCGCCUCGAGACCGAAGGAUCAGACUUGUCUCUUGAAUUUUGAGGUUGUUGGGGAGUAG